AUGAAGUUUCAAUACAAAGAGGAGCAUCCAUUCGAGAAGAGGCGGUCUGAGGGCGAGAAAAUAAGGAAGAAGUACCCGGACAGGGUUCCAGUUAUUGUGGAAAAGGCUCCUAAAGCCAGAAUAGGAGAUCUGGAUAAGAAGAAGUACCUUGUCCCCUCUGACUUGACAGUGGGCCAGUUUUACUUCCUAAUCCGGAAAAGAAUCCACUUGCGAGCUGAGGAUGCUCUCUUCUUCUUUGUAAACAACGUCAUUCCACCCACCUCUGCCACCAUGGGCCUGUUGUAUCAGGAGCAUCACGAAGAGGACUUUUUCCUCUACAUUGCCUACAGUGAUGAGAGCGUGUAUGGGAGCAGCCAAAGGGAAAUCUGAUCUCCUUUCCACCACUUCCCAUCUUCCCCGGACCUCCACCAUCUAUUCAUUCAUUUAAAUAUUAAAUAUUAAAUCCAGCUCUGCAGCCUAGACUUCCCAGAAUAAACAUGUCAGUUGCACUUUCAUCUCUACAAUACAUCACUGCAUUCUCAGUGAAUGUGUCUUUAUUAUUCUGCAGUCUGAAUUGUAUUUCCUCCACUGUUCAAUAGCUAUUCUAAUUCUGUGGCCACUUUGCCAGUUCUUUUUUUUCUAGCGUCAUAACUGAUUAGUUUGAUGGUAGAAAGUGGAAAGGAAUGGAUCUAAUAAUCUUAGAAUGCAGCUGUUAUUGUGGUUGCAUCAAGUGUAAAGGAAGGAGGGCGGAUUAUGUUGAUGAUAAUAGUAACGCCCAGUUUUAGUCAACCUGCUUGGUAUAAAGGUGUUCUGAGUUUAGGUUAGGAUAAAUUUUUUCUGAUGGUGUGAAAGGAUAAGUUUCCCAUCAGCGUUUUAAGUAAGAAAUUCUGAAACAGUGAAGUUGUCCUUUAAUUCCGCGCGCUAAUAAAAAUGUGAGAGUAUAUAAUGUACCAUCCUGCAUCUGAUCGUAGGAGUAAGAUAGAAUUCAGACUACACAAUCAUCCUCUGCUUUCAGUGGUAUGACUGUUUUGUUGGCUGCUUCUAUGAUUAAUGUUGUUAAUGUUCAUUUUAGGUUGCUUACUUUCUAAAGGUAUUGUAAAGCCGAGCGCAAUUUCUUCUUUUUUUUUAAAGUUUCUUUUUUUUAAUGGAAACAGUUUAAACUCUGUAUACGGCUACAUUACUGGCUAUUUCUCUCCAUUACCAUACGUGAUAAAAAUGUAAUGAAACUCAAUUCUUGUUUCUUUAUUGAAUUUAAUUUGAAAGAAAUGGCAGACUUUUAAACCCCGGUUUAGAUGUUUCUAUAUUUACUUGCUGGAGUAAUGAGUCCCUCUUCUUGUUUUUUUUCAUUUUGGUCUUGAUGCCAAGUGGGAUGAAUGAUGGAGGUUAAGCAGGCUCUAAAUCUUAACAGCUGUAAGAUGUUUUGCUGCAAUCUAGUGUUUAUCAUCCAGACCAUACAAUAGUAAGUGCUGCACUAAUUAGCAGAUCUGAGCCAAUUGCGAAAGUGAAAGGGUUAGGGUUAGAAAGAACAUCUGUUAACUUUGUUGUAGCAUUAAUAUUAAAUAAUUGCUUUAAUCACAAUGAA